GGACUUUUUGACGGGCAGAAAAUACACCGCCUAAUCGCUAUACGACUGGGAACGUGCGGGUCUAGGUACUAUUAUUUCUAAACAGAACAAAAUAACCACAGGUUGGCUCAUUUUACCUAAGCAACUCCUACAAAUCAUGGAUUUAAUUGUCCUGAUAGCUUGUCUUUGUUUUUGAUAUUGAGUAAAGAAAAUUCCGAACAAUCAAAAGGACGAGACCUCUGAGUACCACAAUGGAGUCGCCGCCGGAUAGUCCCGUCGCACAAAGCGCUCAGAUGUCUCCCGAAAAGCCUUACCUCCCCGGUCAACCAAAGUCUCUCGAAGGCAUUGCGAUACGCUCUUUCUGCCUCGGUAUAGCGCUCGCUUCAUCCGUAGUAGCUAUGGUCAUGACUCUCGUCUUCACCUCUUCACCUCUAUGGCGCCUGCCUUUCUUUACCGGCGCACUAUCGACCUUUCACUUCCUCGAGUUUUGGACAACCGCGAAAUACAAUACUCCUGUUGUGACUAUCGGUUCGUUCCUCUUGACAGCGAAUUGGCCGGCGUAUGCGAUCGCACAUAGUACGGCAUUGCUAGAAUGUCUCGUUACAGGGGUGCUGUUCCCGAAUAGGUCUUGGGCACCGUUCUACAGCGGUCACAUCAUCUUGCUAUUGGGUUUUAUUAUUGUGUUUGCUGGCCAAUUUGUCCGAAGUGCAGCUAUGGUGCAGGCCGGCGAAUCAUUCAACCAUACUAUUCAACACAGGAAGAAAGAUACCCAUGUCCUAGUUACUACAGGUCUAUAUUCAUUCCUUCGCCAUCCAGCCUACUUUGGAUUCUUCUAUUGGGGGGUUGGGACGCAGAUGGUCCUAGGAAAUCCCAUAUGUUUCGUUGCUUACACUUUUGUCUUAUGGCAGUUCUUCUCGAAAAGAGUAAGACACGAGGAGGCAUUACUUAUCCAAUUUUUCGGGGAUGACUAUAUCGAGUACAAGAAGAGGGUUGGAACGCUCAUACCCUUUGUCGGGAACUGAGUAUGCUGUAGCUGGAAUUGAUAUUAGAGAAUGGCGUUUAGGUUGGUGUCUAUGGGUGGACUUAUGAUACCCUAAUUUCAAACUCCUUGAGUAAAUCAAGACGAAUUAUAUCAUUA